AUGGCCGCCUCCAUCGCCGGCAGCAGCAUCCGCCUCCACGUUGCCCCGCCCACUCGCCGCCGAGGGAGCGUGGUCACCGCCGCCUCCGCCGCGCGGCUCGACCGGCGCUCGGCGGCCCUGCUCCUGCUCUCCGCGGCGGUUCCAGCGGCAUCGGCAGCGACAGCUCCACCGGCGAGCGCCGCGGGCAUCGGGCUCUUCGGCAUCCGCAAGAAGCUGGAGCGCGCGGAGGAGGCGGCGGUCGAGGCGGUGCGGGAGGUGGAGGAGGCCGUGGAGGAGGCGGCGGCGGAGGCUGCUGCGGUGGGCGGGGAAGCCGUGAAGGAGGCGGUGGCGGAGGCGGAGAAGGAGGCGGGCGAGGUCGCCGGCGACGGCCUGCAGCUGGUGGCCGGCGCGGAGAUCGCCGGGGACGGGCUGGUGCAGGCCGCGGUGGUCGCCGGCGCCGAGGCGCUCGGGGUCGUCGUGGGCCUGUCCGUGGUCAAUGGCAUCCUGAAGCCCGAAGCUUAG